AAACAAAUUAUGUCCAUUUGAUUUGUGGACUGUCCUAUAAGUAGGAUACAACCAAGUGGCUAUUCUGGUAUAAAAAAUGUACAAACUAUACAGCCGGCCAUCACCCACAAAUAUAUUCGUCCUCUUCUUCUUAAUUCCUGCAUAUUCCAAAACAUUUCGUUCUCAUUCUCUACCAAGUCCAAACAAGAGGAAUUUACUUACUUUUAUUUUUUUUAAAGUGUGCAAAUUACAUUCCAAAAAAAGGAUUUGAAGAGUAUGUGGUGUUGGGGAUGCAGCGAGGCAAAAGUAUUAAUUAAUUAGGCCGCGCAGAGGUCACAUGGCAGGUCUUGCAGUAGAUUUUGUGGUAUCAGUGGUUGCAAAAGUUCUAGUUGAAGAGUAUGCGGUGUUGGGGGAUGCAGCGAGGCACGUAGAAUGGAUUGAGAAAGAGCUGAGGUCAAUGCGGGGAUUGUUAGAACAAGUUGAACAGCGAGGGGAUGGCGAACAGGCACAGGAGCUGAAAGAAUGGGCAGAUAAUUUGAAGGAAGUUGCUCUUCAUGCAAAGAAUGUGAUAGAACUGUUUGUGACAAAAUCAGUGAAGAGGAGGAGGUGGGGAGUUCUGCACUGGUUUGACAAAUACAGUAUCGGGAAAGAGCUGGAAAAGAUCCGCAGGAGCAUGAGAGACAUCUCUUAUAUUGGAAUGAACUUAAACAAAAAUGUCCUUAGUGUCUCUGUUGAAAAUCCGCCACCUUCCAGUUCUAGCUCCUCCAGCAUCCCCGAAGUAGUAGAUAUGGCUAUGGAGAAGCUUGAUCACAUUCUGAAUCAAAACUUAAUAACCAGUAAUAAAGUGAUCGAGCUGGUGGAAGGGGUAAAAGAUGGCCUCAAAGACCUAAAAAACAUUGUUUCUAAGUUGAAGUCAUCAAAUGAAAGAGAAACUGUGUGGUUGGAAGAGGUGAAUGACGUUUGUAAUUACACCGGAGAAGUUGUUGAAAAUUUUGUUGCAAGAAAAAAAGGGUUCAAAUUGAGUAGUAGUCUCAGUCUCCCGUGGAAGUUCCUUUGUCAUGAUGCUUCCUUGCGGGAAUUUAAGAAGCGGAUGAAGUGUGUUAGUACUCAAAUUGGAGAUGCCCUUGCAAGAUGUUUGACUUACGGAGUUGUGGACAUGGAUGAAACAACACAAAGAUCAACAACAGUACCCGUUCAAGACUUGUCAGUGGAGAUUUUGAUAAUAUCAGACCUCAUCCCUUUCUUUAUUAAUUUGAUUCUUCAGAGUGAGGAUAACUUGGUUCAGGCCUUCAUAGUUGUAGUAAUCAUUCAAGCUUUUGCAUUUGUUGCAAGACAAGGACCAAUCAGAGGGAGUAAACUGAUUCCAAAACAAAGCACAAUAUCAAGGCCGCUGAUCUGGAGCAUGUUCUUUUACGCUUCAAUUCUUUGUUUGUGGAAGUCUAUGGACAAUAGUUUGAAGUGCGUGCAAAGAGAUUUAGAUCUUAUGCAAGCGUUUCUUAGGGACACUGCUGAUAGUGCAGAAAACAUGAAUGAAAGACAGAAAGUAUGGUUUGGUCAACUCAAACUAAUGGCUCAAAAUGGCAGGUCCUUUCUUGCUGCUGCUAAGGGUGAGGGUUGUUGUUGGAGCAGUAGAAUUAAGUUUGCCAAGGACAUCAACUGCUUGUUGAAAGAGAUUUUUAGUAUCUCAGACAGGAAGACCAAUUAUGGCAUUGCAAAUAUUCAUAUUCAACAAGAGCUUGUACGUUCCUUCCACCAUGACAAUUCUGGUGCUGCCUCCUCCUCUUCCUCAUAUCAGCCUGUGACAGGACUCAAACAAGAAGUCCAAUCAAUCAGAGGAGAAAAGGAAUUAAUGGAUGCGCUGCUUCAAGAUGCAUGUGACAUGAGAGAACUAGAUGGAACCUCUAGAAUCUGGGUGGACCAAAUGCAAAUUAUUGACAAUGAAAUUGCAACUGUCAUUUCCGACUAUGAUGUCAAAUUAAAGCAUAGGUCAGUUCUCGUUUACAUAUUCAAGUACUGGACCCGACAUGAUAUUACUAACAAGAUCAAUGGUAUCAAAAUCAAAAUUGAAGAUGCCUCCAGAAGAAGAAGGGUAUAUGGUUCGGGAAAGACAAUCGAGUCCUCAUCGUCCACAGUUCAUAUACUACGUGGAACCAUGCAAUUGUCUCUCGUUGCUAAAGAAUCCGAUGUUGUUGGAUUUGACGAUGACGCACAAGUUAUUAUGGAUCAGUUACUGUCGGAUGAGAGACGUCACUGCAUUACCUGGAUUGUUGGAAUCGGGGGCACGGGCAAGACAACACUCGCCAAGAUGAUAUUUCAAGACAGAGCUGUUGUAAGCCAUUUUGAGUGUCGCCUAUGGGUGUCACUACCUUCGAAUUCAAAUCAUACGACACAACUUUUUGAAGAAAUUUACAAGGAGGCCACCAGACAAAUAAAGGGAGACUCGUCGAGUGUUGCCUCCGUGCUAGAAACCUUGGCGCACACAAAGUUUCUUCUAGUUGUUGAUGGCAUAGAAGAAACUUCACAAGUGUACUUGUUGGAUACUUUGAAAAAGGCCAUACCCGAUAUGUCAACCGGCAGCAGACUUCUUCUUACUGCUCGCAAUGCUAAUGCAGCCCAACAAGCUGUUGGUACUAAUAACUUUGUUUACCCCCUACAGUUAUUAGAUGAUGAAAGUAGCAGGGUUUUGUUUACAAGACAUUUGAAGGUGGACACUACCCCGGAACUAACCAAUGUUGGAAGAGAAAUUGUGAUCAAGUGUGGAGGCCUGCCAUCCCAAAUAUUAGAAAUGAGUCUUUUUCUUUCAGACAAAGAACAUGUCACACAUGAGGAGUGGUCGACCGAGCUCAAAAAUAUUCAAAAACGGAGUUGGUCUGAAACGGUUAAUACAAUCAACAAACACUUAGCUCGGUAUCUAACUGGAUGCCUAUUUUAUUUUGGACUAUUUCCUGCUGAAUUUGGAAUUCCUGUUAGAAGACUUGUUACUUUGUUGGUUGCAGAGGAGCGGGUGCAUCUUGGGGAACACCCAGAUCUCCAAGAGCAAGUAGCAGAAUGGUAUUUGAUGAAGCUGAUAGAUCUCAACCUGGUUCAAAUUGCCAAGAGAAAGCGCAAUGGCAAGGUCAAAACAUGUCGUCUCCCCUAUGGAUUGCGACAACUCUGGUGGACAAAAGCUAACAACUACAUCUUUCUUAAAGCCCGCACUGCCGGGGAUUCCGAUCCAGACCCAAAAAACUCUAUCAUACGCUGGGUGACAGAUGAUCCUAAAACCCAUCAUAUCUGGUAUGAUCAUAUUCAUGGUGACACUAGAAGUACUAGAAGUGAUCCAGCUUCCCUGAGAAGCUACUACAAAGAUGUUAUCUCCUUUUUGUCCUUCGACACACGAGAGGGAAGUAAACCCGGCCGGGAAAUAGGCUACUUCAUGAAGGGAUCUAUUUCAAGUGAUUGCUUCUUACUCCUGCGGGUUCUUGAUCUCGAACGGGUUUAUAAGCCCAAAUUGCCUAAAAGCAUAGCAAGACUUUCCCAGCUGAGGUACCUUGGUUUAAGAUGGACUUACUUGGAGUCACUUCCAUCAUUUAUAAGCAAGUUGUUGAAGCUACAGAUACUUGAUCUCAAACAUACUUACAUACAUACUCUACCAAACUCCAUUUGGGAUAUGGAACUCAGACACUUGUUCUUGAGCGAGACUUUCCACAGCAGAUUCCCACCACAACAAAAAGAUCAUUUUUCCCGCAUCAGAUUUCUUCUACCUCGGCUAAGAGAUAACUUUCUGUCUGAUCUCCAAACACUGUGGGGGCUCUUCGUAGAUGAAGAAACUCCAGUGAAGGAUGGCUUGGACACAUUGGUCAAAAUCACAAAAUUGGGAUUAACAUGCCAACAAAUGUCAUCCGAGACAGACGCGAUGACAAAAAAACUUGAGGCAGUGGCUGAAUGGAUUGUGAAACUAAAGCACCUUCAAUCACUGAGAUUAAAAUCAAGGGAUGAAGAAGGGAAACCUUGGGAAUUACACUUGAAGUCCUUCGAGAACCAUGCAAAUGUAACUGACAUGUAUUUGCUUGGAAUCUUGAGCAGUUCAUCUAUUCUGUCUCAGUUCCCUCGGAGCCUCAUUGAACUUACCCUAUCACAUUCGAAACUAAAGGAUGAUCCCAUGAAACUCUUGAAAGAUUUUCCGAAUCUUCGGAUACUGAGUUUACUUGCAGACUCUUACCUGGGACAAACUAUGGUCUGUGAAUCUCAAAGUUUUCCUCAACUUCAUGUAUUAAAGUUUUGGUUGCUGGAGCCAUUAGAGGAAUUGAAGAUAGAGCAAGGAGCACUUCCCUGUCUCAGACAACUGGAAAUCAGAUUGUGUCGGAACCUAAAAGUACUUCCUGGUGGACUAAAGCAUGUUAGCGCCCUGCUUGAGUUGAAAUUGACAAACAUGCCAUUAGAAAUCAAUGCUGAGAUCAAUAACAUCCCAUUACCACCCAACUGUAAAGUGGUCAAAACUGAUUUUCAGUAGAAUUCCAUGGCUGCAUGGAAACUCAUAUGGAAUGGUGAGUACUGAGUUGCCUCAUUUUCUGUAUUUUAGUUUGCUUUCUUUCAUUUUUAGCUGAAACUUAGUAGUUUUCAUGCUGGGAAGGAAGUCCUACUCAAUUGCUUUGCGUGUAACUUAUGGUUUUUAGUUUAAGGUUAUGUUUCUCUGAUUGUGUUGUGGAAUUCAAACCUUGUGUGUGUGAGCAAUUAGUACAACUAGACGUUUAACUUU